AUGGGGCACCUAGUCACUCUAGCAACAUGCUCUCUAAACCAGUGGGCUCUUGACUUCGAAGGCAAUGCAGAGCGCAUUAUUGAGAGUAUCCGACAGGCUAAAGCUGCCGGUGCCACUCUGCGCGUUGGACCGGAGCUUGAAAUUACCGGAUAUGGCGUUCUUGACGGCUUCCUUGAAGGUGACACCUUCCUACACUCUUGGGAGAUGCUCGCCCGCAUCAUCGAUCACCCCGAUUGCCAGGAUAUUGUGGUCGACGUUGGAUUGCCAGUCCGUCAUCGCAAUGUCCGCUACAACUGUCGCGUGAUCUUCUACAACCGGAAAAUCGUCCUAAUUAGACCUAAGAUGUGGCUUGCUAAUGACGGCAACUAUCGCGAGCACCGACACUUCACCCCUUGGCAGCGUCCGCAAGAGGUUGAGGACUACUAUCUAGAGUCUAUUGUUGGAAAAGUCACUGGACAAUACAAGGUUCCUUUUGGUGAUGCUGUCAUCAGCACGAGGGAUACGUGUCUAGGUCUUGAGACGUGUGAGGAGCUGUUCACUCCUAACGGUCCUCAUAUUCCGUACGGUCUAGCAGGCGUUGAAAUUAUAUCCAACUCAUCUGGUAGUCACCACGAGCUACGGAAACUUGAUACUCGCCUCAAUCUGAUUACUCAAGCGACAAAACUAAGCGGUGGUAUUUAUCUGUAUGCCAAUCAGCAGGGUUGUGACGGCGAUCGCCUUUAUUACGAUGGAUGUGCUAUGAUCGUCGUCAAUGGUGAUAUUGUGGCUCAGGGCUCUCAAUUCUCGCUAAACGACGUGGAAGUUGUUACCGCCACAGUCGACAUCGAGGAAGUCCGAACUUACCGAUGUAGCGCAAGCCGCGGAAUGCAGGCUAGCAAACAAUCACCUUAUGUUCGUCUCGAUCUUGAUAUUAGACUUUCUCGCCGGGACGAGGACGCCGAGCCUAGCCUUGCAACUUCGCAGCCCAUAAAGCCCCGCAUCCAUGCACCCGAGGAAGAGAUUGCUCUGGGUCCCGCCUGUUGGCUGUGGGACUACCUUCGGAGAUGUGGUGCCGCUGGCUUCUUCCUUCCUCUUAGUGGUGGCAUUGAUAGCUGUGCCACUGCUGUAAUCGUCCACUCUAUGUGUCGUGAGGUGCUCAAAGCGGUCCGAGAAGGCAACAAGCAGGUAAUCAAAGAUGUUCGCCGCCUAUGUGCCCAGCCAGCAGACUCAGACUGGCUUCCUACUACGACGCAGGAGAUUUGCAAGGCCAUUUUCCACACCAGCUACAUGGGCACACAAAACUCAGGCCAUGAAACACGAGACAGAGCGACUCGCCUGGCUGUAGACAUCGGCUCUUACCACAUUGACUUCAAUUUCGACACCGUGGUCAACUCUAUCAUGAAUCUCUUUACCGUGAUCACCACCUUCCAACCCCGAUUCAAAAUGCACGGCGGCUCCCCAGCCGAAAACGCCGCGCUACAAAACGUACAGGCCCGUCUCCGAAUGGUGCUCUCAUAUCUAUUCGCGUCUCUACUACCGACAGUGCGCCAGCGCCCCGGAGGCGGCGGCCUUCUAGUCCUCGCUUCCUCGAACGUCGACGAAUGUCUACGAGGAUACCUCACAAAAUACGACGCCAGCUCCGCCGACCUCAACCCCAUCGGAUCAAUCAGCAAGGUAGAUCUCAAGAAGUUCAUCUCCUGGUCCGGUGAAAGCUUCGACCUCCCUAUCCUCGAGGAAUUCAUUCACGCCACGCCCACAGCUGAGCUCGAGCCUAUCACACACGACUAUGUCCAAUCCGAUGAGGCCGAUAUGGGCGUUACAUAUGCGCAGUUGGGUGUCUUCGGCUACCUGAGGAAGGUGUCUAAGCUGGGCCCUUACUCUAUGUACGAAAAGUUGCUUCACCUUUGGGGUAAUGAGUACAGUCCGCGGGAGAUCUAUGAGAAGACUAGACACUUCUUCUACUAUUACUCCAUUAAUAGGCAUAAGAUGACUGUUAUCACGCCGAGUUAUCAUGCUGAGCAGUACUCUCCUGAAGACAACAGGCACGAUUUGAGACAGUUCUUGUACCCGCCUUUUACGUGGGCGUAUAAGAAGAUAGAGGAUAAUGUCAAAUAUUGGGAAUCGAAGGGGUGGACCACUGCCAAGGGGCAGAAGAAGAGUGUUAAGGCUGAUUAG